AUGCCUGCAAUGGGUGAGGCCAGCCAACACUGCUUCAUGAAUGUUUGGUUUAUUUACGCCACUCACAAGAGCACCAUUAGCCGCCUCGCCCUGGCUGCCGCGGCCUCCCUCGGUGAGGGCUCUUGGUCUCUCCCCACCCUCGCGGCCAGCUCGGGAGUCCUGCGGGCGGGCGGGGCCCUGGGCCGCUUCCCUGCAUCUCGAGCCGUCGCCCCACUUGUCUCAGCGACCCCUCCACCCGCUCCGGACCCGGUUGCCCCGGUGCUCGUGACCCCGCCCUUCUCCCCGAGGGGCCACGCCCCGGAGUCGGCGUCCCUACCGCCCACCUCCGGGACUGGGUGGGGCCACCGGCAGGGGGGCGACUCCUUCUGCACCUGGAGGCCAAGUCCCGGAAAUGUUUUGGCCGUGUCAAGGGUCAGCUUUUUCUUGCAGGGACAUUCUGCAGCCGAGAAAUGGAAAGUCUGCGGGUUGUGCCGACAACAUAAACCACACAGCGCUGGGUCUCGGCGCCCUUGUAGUUUGCAGAAAAAUUCUCCAUUAUCUUUGGCGAGUUCGCCUUUCAAAACUCCAGCCCAGAGUCAUUUCAGUGAAAGGGUUAAAGGAUCUUAA